AUGGACAGUCCUCUCAAGCCCGCAGAGCUGCAGGUCCUGCGCGCCCAGUACGAGAAAGAGGGCGAAUACGUCGGCGUCCAGACCAAGUUCAACUACGCCUGGGUGUGUUCUCUCUCUCUCUCGCUGCCCGUUGGCCUGAUAAAAUCGAAUUCCCGGCCGGAGCAGCAGGAGGGCACCCGGCUGCUGUCUGAGAUCUUCCGCACCGCCCCCGAGCGUCGACGAGAGUGCCUCUACUACCUCGCCCUCGGCAACUUCAAGCUGGGCAACUACGGAGAGGCUCGCCGGUACAACGACCUCCUGCUCGAGCACGAGCCGAACAACAUGCAGUCGGCCAGCCUGCGCACCCUGAUCGAUGACAAGGUCGCCAAAGAGGGCCUCAUGGGUGCCGCCAUCAUCGGCGGUGUCGCCGUCGCUGCGGGCUUGAUCGGCGGCCUCAUCAUGAGAGGAGCCAGAAAGCGAUGA